UCAAAUUCAAAGUUUAAAUAUGAGACAUAUAACUUCAUAAGAAUCGUGUUCUACUUCUGUAAAUUCACCAAAAUUUUAUUUACUCUGCGAAAUAGCAACAUCUGUUGGCAGGUCUUUCGCUCCAUUGAUGGCGGCGCUGCCCACGGUUUCCCAGACUCGCCGGAGGAAGCGGCGGCGAUGGGCCUCAUAACAGGCAAGGACAACGUAGUUGAUCGCAGCAUCCAAGACGCCUACAUAAUCGCCAUAAGACGUGCAAAGAACUUCAUCUACAUCGAGAACCAAUACUUCCUGGGAAGCUCUUACGCAUGGAGAGAGGAUAAAGACAUCAAAGUGGAAGACAUUGGAGCGCUCCACCUGAUUCCCAAGGAACUAUCAUUAAAAAUCGUUAGCAAAAUAGAGGCCGGGGAGAGAUUCGCAGUUUAUGUGGUGGUGCCGAUGUGGCCGGAAGGGGUGCCGGAGAGUGGAUCGGUUCAGGCGAUCUUGGACUGGCAAAGAAGGACAAUUGAGAUGAUGUAUGAUGAUGUGGCAGCCGCAUUAAGAGCUAAGGGUUUUUCUGAUCAGGUAAGCCCUAGAGACUACCUCAAUUUCUUCUGUUUGGGGAAUCGAGAG